AUGUCUACCCAUCGAUUGACUGAGCACAACCUCUUCAUCCAUGACCAAACCAUCGAUAUCAAGCAGGACCCCAAACGGACCUCCAACCGAAUGCAGGACCAUGGAAAGAAUCAAAACCAGAACCAGAAGCAAAUACCUUCCUGGCUCAUAACUCUCAUAUCAUCCGAACACAUGCACAAGCUCAACUCUCAGUUGGCUCUCAACCUCUCCAAACUUCCUUCAACCACCACCAGCAAUAACACCUCCAAUACCACAAAAGACACGGACAUAGACAUCGACGCAGACAUCCAGCACAUCACAAACGUUCUCUCAUCUCUUCCACCUCACGACCCUAUCUUCUCCAGAUUCAAGUUGCUGGAAGAUAUCCUCAGUACACAAGCACACAGCCGCCAGGAGAACCUUAGCUCAAACCCAAUCCCUCUAGAGCGCUUCCUCACGCCCGGAUACAGUGAUCCGUACUACAUUGUGGAAAGGGCGUUAGAGGAGCUGGGCAUCCCGUUUGGGAAUCUGGAGAGUGGUGAGAUGCGAAGAAACAUGGCGAGGGAGAACGUUGAUGCUGUGAGGGAGGCUACGAUGGGGAUGGAGGCGAAUAGUGUGUGUGAGGGGAGGAAAAUGACUGAAUGA